CAGGGAUGAAGAGCAUGAAUGCGAACAUACAGCCCUGAGCUCGUGUCUGCCACAUGAGAUGGGCCUCCUUCUGUCGCCCAGGCUGGAGUGCAGUCAUGUGAUCAUAGCUCACUGCAGCCUCAACCUCCUGAGCUCAAGUAGUCCUCCUGCCUCAGCUUCCUGAGUUGCGACUACAGCCAUGAACCACUGCAUCCAGUUCAGCCCUCAGAGCCUGCAGAGGUGGCUCACCCUUCCCUGUUAUGAUCUGAAACUCCCCAUAUGGGCCAACACCACAGAGUUCUGUCCCCACGGGCCAAGGAGGGCUUCUCAGGAUCCUCAACUUCUUGCCUGGUUGCCAGACCAAUCAUUAGAGGUAAGCCUAGAAUUGUAUGAUUGGAACUCAAUGACGUUCACGCUAUUCUUAGAAACAGUUGAGCCAGUGGCGGUGGAGUCUGAAGGCUCUGGAAUCUUUUCCUUCGUGUGGCAGCAACUUAUUUUUCCUGCGGAGGCUCGGUGGUGCUUUUCUUGGGCUCAGGAUUGCGGCUUGGAUGGCUCAUUCCCUGGGAGUGCACACACUGAGCCCUUUGGAAAGGCAGCAGCAGGACAAGGAUCAGUGGCAGGCAAAGAGGCAAAAAAAGCAGGACCCGGGUUCCAUAGGCAACUGCUUUAUUUACAGUUCCAAAAACGGUGCUUGUUCAACUAUCUUGAACUUUUGUAGAAGUUCAAACUUGGAAAUUGUAGUGAUGAAAUGAGAGCUGUGUUUUAAAAAUUACUUUUAACUGUCUAUGAAGCAAGUCUACAUUUUGGCAAAAUGGGCUGCUUUUAAUCUGGUCAUGUGGGAUUUAAAAAAAAAUUUAAUUCAGCUGGAUUUUGCAAAGCCCUUGCAUUGUAUGACAUGAGGUUAUUUAAGGUAUAAUUUUGUCUUCAAAGAGAAGAAAUAAGACACACGCAUGGUUUUUUAAAGUAAAAAUAAUGAGGGAAUGUUAUUACCUAAGAGCAUAUAUUAGAAAGCUCACUUGCAGUGAUAUUGAACUGGGAACAUUCCAGAAGGAUUCCACGUGAAGCAGUGUUUGCUUUUGUAUGUUUGAAAUGCUCCAUAAUGAAAUUGAAAAACUGUAAGAGCAAAAGAAAUAAUAAUACGGAUUAUGAAGUAAUUAAAAUGAAGCAGAGAAAAAACCUGUAGGAUGCAGCCUAAAUAAAUGAUACUUUAAAUCAAGCUUAUCCAACCCAUGUCUUGUAGGCCGCAAUGUGGCCUAGGACAUAUUUGAAUGCGGCCCAACACAAAUUCGUAAACUUUCUUAAAAUAUUGUGAGACUUUUUUUUUUUUUUUUAGCUCAUCAGCUAUCAUUAGUGUUAGUGUAUUUUACGUGUGGCCCAAGACAAUUCUUCUUCUUCUGAUGUGGCCCAGGGAAGCCAAAAGACUGGCCACCUCUGGUUUAAAUAAACAUUUACAGCCUCAGUCACAUAUAUUAGAAAAUUAGAAAGACUGAAAAAUUUGCCAGCUAUGUGCUUGACACAGUACAAUAGAAAAACAACAGCAAAGCAAGCAGAAAGAAGUCAGAAGAAGGAAGGAAACCAUAAAGAUAAGGAGAGCAAUUAAUGAGCUAGAAAACAAAGUAAUAAUGCAGAAAAUCAACCCAACUAAAAGCCGGUUCCUUGAAAAGAGUGAUAAAGCCAUAUCUGGCAAGAAUGACCAAGGACGAGAGAAGAAAAAGCAUGAAAAAGAAACAGAGCAUAACUACUGAUGGAGAUUUUAAAGCCUGUAAGAGAAUAUUAUGGACAAAUUCCUGACAAUACAUUUGGAAACAGAGAAAUCAGACAAUCUCCUAGAAAAAUAUUAAUUACAAAAACUGAUGAAAGAAAAAGCUGGAAUAUACCUAUAAUCAACAAAAGAAGUGAAUCAAGUUAAUAAUCUACAGCCUUCCUUUCCCGGAUGCCUCCCUCUCCAAAAAACAGGCCAGACACAGCCAAGUUUACAAAAUCUUCAAAGAACAGAUAAGCACUACUUUGUAUAAACUUUUUCAAAGAAUAGAAAAAGGACAACUUCCCACAUCAUUUUGUAUGCAUAACCUUGAUAAUAAAACUGAACAAGUAAAGUAGAGUGUAGCAAAAUUAUAGGUCAUUGUUAAUUAUGAAAUGAGUGUAAUGAUCUUAAAUAAAAUAUUAGUAAACCAAA